AAGUGGACGGCAAAAAACUCACACGUUUCAAAGCUAGUGCUUUGAUUAUAGUGGUCCACACCUCCAUUUCCAUAGUAACCAACUAACCAUUCAACAGAUUCUCUCCUUCCCCUAUUAGUGAUCAGAAUCGUUUCCUUCUCUUCAAUACACAGUCACUGUUUUCGUGUGCGAUCCGGUGAAGAACGGUAACAUAGCGAAUGGCAUUUACAACAGCAAUGGCUUGCCGGUUAAUUGGCCGGAAGUCUGUGAUCGGAGCGAGAUCCAUGAGUUCUUGGUGGCGGAACGUUGAGCCCGCUCCCAAAGAUCCGAUUCUCGGCGUAACCGAGGCUUUUCUCGCCGACCCCAGUCCUGACAAAGUCAAUGUUGGAGUUGGUGCUUACCGGGAUGAUAAUGGAAAGCCUGUUGUUUUGGAAUGCGUUAGAGAAGCGGAGCGGAGGAUUGCUGGAAAAUUAAACAUGGAGUAUCUUCCAAUGGGAGGGAGUGUGAAAAUGGUAGAAGAAACAUUGAAAUUGGCCUAUGGAGAGAACUCUGAGUUCAUUAAAGAUAAACGGAUAGCAGCAGUGCAAUCUCUCUCUGGGACUGGUGCAUGUAGACUUUUUGCAGAUUUUCAAAAGCGAUUUUCUCCAGAUUCCCAAAUCUAUAUACCAGUCCCAACAUGGGCUAAUCACCACAAUAUCUGGAGAGAUGCUCAGGUCCCUCAAAGAACCUAUCAUUACUAUCAUCCAGAAUCCAGAGGCUUAAAUUUUGCAGCAUUGAUGGAUGACAUCAAGAAUGCUCCAAAUGGCUCAUUCAUUCUACUUCAUGCUUGUGCUCAUAAUCCUACUGGGGUUGAUCCAUCAGAGGAAGAAUGGAGAGAGAUAUCUCACCUAUUCAAGUUUCAGGUUAAAAAUCAUUUUGCCUUCUUUGAUAUGGCAUAUCAAGGCUUUGCCAGCGGUGAUCCAGAGAGAGAUGCAAAGUCUAUCAGGAUUUUUCUUGAGGAUGGUCAUCAUAUUGGCAUUGCUCAAUCAUAUGCAAAAAAUAUGGGGCUCUACGGCCAGAGAGUAGGAUGCCUCAGUGUGCUUUGUGAAAAUGAGAAACAAGCAGUGGCAGUAAAAAGUCAGUUGCAGCAACUUGCAAGACCCAUGUACAGCAAUCCACCUGUUCAUGGUGCACUUAUAGUUUCAACUAUCCUUGGAGAUCCAGACUUGAAGAAGUUAUGGCUGAAGGAAGUUAAGGUAAUGGCUGAUCGCAUCAUUUCCAUGCGUGCAUCUUUGCGAGAAAACCUUGAAAAGUUGGGGUCACCAUUGUCAUGGAAGCACAUUACUAAGCAGAUUGGAAUGUUUUGCUAUAGCGGGAUGACACCAGAACAAGUUGAUCGUUUGACAAAAGAAUAUCAUAUCUAUAUGACCCGUAAUGGUCGAAUCAGUAUGGCCGGCAUUACUACAGGCAAUGUGGGAUAUUUGGCAAAUGCUAUUCAUGAGGUCACAAAAUCAGCUUAGGCACAUUUGCAGAAAUUAUCAGUCUAUAGGAAGUCAUAGCAUAGGCGCUUAUUUAGACAUGCGAAAUAAAUUUAUUUUUUUUCCUCCUCUUUUCCUCUUUAGUUACUAUGGAAGGGGCAACAAAAUGGUUUAUGAUGAUUCUCAAAAUUUAUGCUUUUAUGGUGUUCAUGAAGGAGAGCAUAAUUUUAGACCAUACUUGUGUAAUUUGAGCAAAGCAAUUGAGGGGCGAUAGGAAUCUUUUACCCCUUUUGAAGUGUGAAUGAGUCAUAUUCAAGUUUGUCUAGGAAUAAAUUGGCAGAACAAUUUUGUUCUUACCCCCUAAGGAAUACAAAUUAUGAAUGUUUAAACUGCUA